AUGAAGAAUGCUAAGGAAUAUUGUGAGUACCACCGGUACUACGGGCAUACAACGGACACGUGUUACCACCUUAUAAGCACGAUUCAAAGAUUCAUCGAUGAUGGAAUAUUCACGGAAUAUGUGCAGGUACAACUUUCAUAUUGUGAGGUAGCACCCAAGAAAAGGAUGGAGCUACCACAGGACAGCAAACACAUCAACAUGAUCACCGUCUAUUGCGGAGGACAGGAAGAGAUACUGGAAGAUAUCCUUGAACUAGAUCGAAACAGGAGAAAGAUGGAAACCCACAAAGUAUUCAAACUAAGUGGGCCACCAACUAAUACUUUGGAGGAAUGGAUGGAUACGCCAUUAACAUUCUCAACCAGAGACAUCAACCAAGAAGUACAGAUGCACAAUGAUCCAUUGGUUAUCACCCUUCCGAUCCACAGAUGGAAUAUUACGAAGGUUCUCAUCGAUGGUGGCAGAUCACUAAAUGUAUUGUUCUAUGAACCAUACCUACGUAUGGGGAUAACAGCUGAGCAAAUGGAUUCAUCCACUUGCACAAUCUAUGGUUUCAAUGGAGCGGUUUCAAUACCAAGAGGAGAAAUUGUUUUACAGGUACGAGCAGGACCUUUGGUGAAAAAUACUAGGUUUUGUGUUGUGGAUGCACCUUCUCCAUACAACGUCAUUAUGGGACGACUAUGA